UACUACACUGUAACGGUGCCAAUUGGAAAACUGGUAGCGAAGGAGGCGAGACUUCCACGACGUCCCCUCUUCUCUUCUUUUCGUUACACAAUGAAUCCGACGCCCAAAAAUCGAAUCCCAAAUCUAUAAUCUCACUUCUAAAGCUUUUUGUUUUUUUCUUUCUUUCUUCAGAGCUUCGAUUUCUAUGCAACAGCCCCAUUCUUUGGAGCUCGAAACCCCGAGCAUAGAGCGAGCGAGCGAGAGAGAGAGAUUGAUUGUUUGAUGUCAAGUAGCGCAUCGACCAAUCGGGGCAAAAUGCUGCCAGCAGUUGUCAUGGUAAUGGGACUCCUUUGUUCAAGUGUUAUGUCACAUCCUUAGCAAGUGAUGGUAAUUUCUUGGUCAUCCUCUAUCUGAUAUUAGAAUGUGGAAUUUUGCAUCCAAUUGCACAGCUGGAAGUGUUGAACCGAAAAACAAUGUCCCUCUAAACCCAACCCAAGCUGCAUCUGAAUGCUCUGAUGAUGAGGCUUCUUCUACUGUUAGCAGAGAGGAAGGUCUAGAGUGCCCAAUAUGCUGGGAAUCCUUUAACAUUGUUGAAAAUGUACCCUAUGUUUUAUGGUGCGGCCAUACCCUUUGUAAAAAUUGCAUUCUGGGACUGCAAUGGGCUGUUGUGAAAUUUCCCACUCUACCAGUUCAGCUUCCACUCUUUAUCUCCUGCCCAUGGUGCAAUCUCUUAUCCUUUCGUCUGAUUUACAGGGGAAAUCUCAAAUUUCCUCGCAAGAACUAUUUUCUUCUCUGGAUGGUUGAGAGCAUGAAUGGUGAUAGAGUGAAGUCCAAUUCUUCCUUCUCUGGGGGUCAUCAAUCAGUCUGUCCAACAAAUGGAAAUUUACAGAAUGGUCAAGUCGGCUAUGGUAACCUCAGGAGGGUACAAAAUACUCGUCAUCCUGAGCCAUCUAGAUCAAACCAUGACCUUGGUCGUCUCAAUAAUUACCUCAGUAUGGAGAAUCUGCACUCCUUGCUUCGGAAGUCACUGGUUUUUUUUGUUCAUUUGACAGCCAAAUUCCCAUUGGUGGUUAUAUUUCUUCUGAUUGUCUUAUAUGCAAUACCUGCCAGUGCAGCCAUCUUGGCUCUGUACAUACUUGUUACAGUUGUGUUUGCUCUCCCAUCGUUUCUCAUACUGUACUUUGCAUAUCCUAGUCUGGAUUGGCUUGUGAGAGAAAUUAUCACGUGAACUUCUCAUCUCUCAGUUGUUUGCAAGUGCUGUGAUUAGAAGUUUGCUCCUCUAAAAUGGCGCCUCUCUAUCCAAAUAUCAUCAACUUUAUAAUUCGGCGACUUUCCACACUCUAAGGCUGCGUCCAGUGCUUUCCAUUCAGGGCCCCUUAGUCUCAGGAUCAUCUAAGCCUCUUUAUUUUCAGAAUCAUUUCAGCUCUUAUUGAAUCUGGCUGGCAUAAUGACAUGAUAUUAUUUUCUGGAAUUUUAAAUUUUGGUUGCCUCCAAGUCCAAUACAAAUUCUUAAUUUUCCAAGACAUGGUUCCAUUGUGGAUAUUCAAAGCUUCUCUGAAAGUACAGUUGUAAUAGGUAAUUAGUACAAGGCUUAUGAACAGAUCAGACACUUGUUUGUAUGAAAAAUAUUAUGUGAUAGUUAUGUAAUUUGAUCGUAGUUGUCUGAUGGUAGAGUUGGGAUCAAUGAAAUAUAAUAGAGUUAUUUUAGCCUUGACAAUUAA